AUGACAAGGUUUCGGUUUCAUUACAAAUCGGAACUAGAAUUGGGCUGGGCAGACCAAGCAUCAUGCCCAGCUCAAAUAAUGGACGGUCAGCAUAAGAUAAGCAUUUCUACUGGCUAUGUGAAGCCUGAUGAGAGGACAAGUCAAAACAUGCGCAGCAUGAAUACUGAAACAGAUCAGCCGGAAAACCCUGCCGCCCAGAAGCAAUAUACUGGUCGUUCCAUUGCAAAACUUCCAGAGAAUUACCCUCCUGGUUUUCUUAGGAAGAUAAUGGCAGAGAUAAUAGGGACAUAUCUGUUGGUGUUUGUGGCAAGUGGGACGGCUGCACAGAGUGCUUUUGAUGAGCAGAAAGUAUCAAAACUAGGAGCUUCACUUGCAGGAGGAUUCAUAGUGAUGGUGAUGAUUUAUGCCAUCGGGCACAUCUCGGGGGCCCAUAUAAACCCAGCUGUCUCCUUAGCUUUCGCCGCCUCGGGCCAUUUUCCAUGGAAACAGGUCCCAUUUUACGUGGGAGCUCAAAUGACAGGAGGCAUUUCUGCUUCUUUUACGCUACGGCUAUUAUUGGAUCCUAUGAAAAAGCUUGGAACAACCUCACCUUCUGGAACAGAUGCUCAAGCUCUAGCUAUGGAGAUCGUGGCAACUUUCACUCUCAUGUUCGUUAUCUGCGCCGUCACAACUGAUGCAAAAGCUGUGGGAGAGCUGGCAGGAGUUGCAGUGGGCUUUUCAGUGUGCAUAGCAGGCAUACUUGCAGGCCCAAUAUCGGGGGGAUCGAUGAAUCCAGCAAGAACAUUGGGUCCUGCAAUAGCAAGUGGAUCCUAUAAAGGAAUUUGGGUCUAUCUGGUUGGACCAGUCGUUGGGGCCCUCUUAGGGGCAUGGUCUUACAGUACUAUUCAGGAGAAUGAUAAUAACUCGGUGAGGGGAACUGAGCAUGUUGGUAUGAAAGACGAUCCAAAUGUUGUGCGUGCGAACAGUGUCUAA